AUGCCACUUCCAACCGUCUCUCGUGGCAAACUCUCCAUCGAAACGCCAGGUUUCGGCAACAUCGCCGCCAAAAAUGUAACCAGGCAAGCUUUUCCCGCCAAUUCCAAACAAAAGCCCCGCUUUAACUCAAAAAGCAAGUCAAAGACGCAGGCUGUCGGAAAUUCUAUGAGUCUGUCGGUCGCAUUCCAGGUUAACGCAGUUGAUCGCCGGAAGUUCGUUAAUCUACUUCUAAACGGCCACACAGUUCGCCUACAACUGGACACCGCUUCAGAUAUCAGUCAUCUCUUAGACUCUCUGGCAGUCACUUGGCACCCCCACAAUGCAGCAGACGUCUCCGUCCGCCACAACUCUCUUAUGCAUAUCAAUUUUGCUGCCCCACUCGACGGUGUCACUUACCUAGUCGUGGUUGACGCCGACUCAAAGUCGCCUGAGAUUGCGCCACCUUCCUAUGGCGCAUCUUCAGCCAACAUGGCCUACCGGAUGCUCUGGCGUCGGAUAAUGGCCCGCAAUUUAUCGCAUUGA